ACUUUCUUCCAAAUUCGUGGAGCUCAGAGGGCAAGAAGAGCUAGGCUACUGGUCACGAAUAUCCUUUGACUCGUGUUGAGGUCCGAAAGCUUCUUUCCACACUGGCGUUUAAAGAAUACGUCAAAAUAACAGCUGGUGUUGGUGGAGUUUUGCGUGUCUUGUUGGAGGGUACCUACUGGAAGGAGCAGAAUAUUAUAAUGGAGCAAUGAAUACGGAAUAGCGGAUCUCCCUAAUUCAUUUGACAAACCUAACGUUAUACACUUUGGAUUAUGACGUUGUACUUUUUUUGCGAAAACGAUUCGGAAUGACAUAAUUCUUUUCAUGAUAUCCACGUUAUUUGCCUUUUUUUCACUAUGCAUGUUUGCUAUUCAUAAUAUUCACGUUAUCUCCGUAGUCUGAGUUACUGCUAUUGGAUCACAUUACCAGAUAACGUACUCCUCUAUCCCAUGUCAUAUUUCUAGUGAUUUUAGUUCGGCUGUGUUAUUAAAAUGAAACAUCUUCAGGUACAUAUCAUUUUGUUGGCUCUGUCCUGGACACAUGCAUCAGAUUUGAAGUCAGGAACUGAGGAAGUAAAUGCACAAUUGCAAUCAAACAGCUUUGUCAAAAAACACACAAACAUUCUACAACCUAAUGCAAAAUUAUCACAUUUUUCCAGCUCAGGAAACACACAUAUACUCGAGAAGCCUCAGAAUGGACAGAACACAGGCUCCUCUCGGACCCCAGCACGGAGGGUCCUAAAAGGAAAUAGACCAAUGCCCAAAAAGACACUGGGUUUAACUGACAGCACUCUUGCUCGAGAGCCUAUUUCAGCUCGACAGACGCUUCAAUCUGUGCCGUCGGAUGUCUCCAAUGGCACCGGCUCUAUGAACAUCCUGGCUGGUUUUGCUGGGAAAAACCGUGUGCUGGUCAUAUCAGCCCCCAACGACUCCGAUGGCUAUUACAGGUUAAUGAUGACCCUGCUGAAGCCUGAGGUGUACUGUGAGAUGGCCGAGAGACACAUGCAGCAGAUUGUAAUGUUUCACAAAAAGGGGGAACGAGGAGGCAAGGUGAUACGUGUUAGCAAUCAGGGAUCAGUGGUGGAGGAGUCGCUGGAUCCAUCCCAGGUGCUCCGGCUCAUGGCCUUUCUAAAACUGGAGGAAGGUAAGUUUGAGAUGGUGCUACUAAGAAAGACACUGCAGGUUGAAGAAAGAUACCCAUACCCUGUGCAGCUUGAGGCGAUCUAUGAAGUGAUAGACCAGGCGCCUGUGCGUAGAUUGGAAAAGGCAAGACGAAAGGGAUUUGUGCAGAAGUGCAAGGCUGCCGGAGUUGAGGGGCAGGUGGUACAGUCUUCUUGCUCAAAUACAGGUGGUUUGCAAAAUAAGGUGAGACCAGCCUCUCAACCCACCGAGGUAGCACAUGCACAAAUGCCGACCACUACAAUAACUACAACAACAAAACGCGCAAGCACGACUACCUUGAAAACUACAACCACAAAACCUCCAACUACUGCAACAUCCGCUACAACCGCCUUUCCUUCACCACCCACUGCUAUGACCACAAAUGUACCAACCACAGUGAGGCAAAAGGAUCCAACCCACCAGCGCUUACCACAAAACCAGCAGAGCACAACAACUCAUCCCUCUACUACCUCAGACUUCUACACACAACACACAGAAAACACAUUUACCGCCUCACCAACCCAAGCAAACAAACAGAGGCCCGAGAACAAACAGGCCGUGGUUAAAAAAGGAUGGCGCGAGAAGCUUAGUCAGCACGAACGAGAACAUGACACACACAGACCCGCUGCUACCAAACCAGAGAAAGAUCUCAAGACCGCACAAAAGGGAAAAACGAAAGCUGAUGAUGCUGACAGGAAAAAGAAGAUCGGUAAAUCUGAAAAGCCACCGAAAAAGAUGCCUGCAGGGAAAAGGGGGCCGAAAGUUGCAAAAGAGAAGAAUGUCGGUCUUCAGAGUAAAAAGGCUGGAAAUGAAACGAAAGUUAAUGAAGAGAGGGCUGUUUUGGGGAAGCCAGCCGAUCCCAAGAAAUCACUCGAAACCUUUCUGGGUUACUUUGAGAAGAGACGGCGCCUCAUAGUAAUCACUGCUCCAGAUGAACAGAAUCAUAUGUACAGUGAGCAGAGAGACGAAAACCUGGAGCAGGUGUGUAAUAUGGCCCUACGCAAAAUAUCCGUCAUCACCGUCUUUGGGCCUCUCAAGAACAGCACCAUGAAGAUCGAUCACUACCAGACAGAACAGGAUAAGCCCUUGCGUGGCCAGCCAGACAGUGACCCUAUCAACCAGGAGCUCAUCACAGAGUUUCGGAAGAAGUUCCGGAUGACUCAGAAUGAUUUUAACAUGGCGCUGACAGAUUUUGACAUGAAAGUUAAGCAACGAUAUGAAGUCCCGAUUGUCAUGAAAGCAGUGUUUGACUACAUUGACACGUUGUCAACUCGUAUUAAGGAAAUUGAACAGCAGAGGAAUUUCGGUGUUAUGUGCAAUACAGAAGAUAAAUCAAGAACUUUAGAGAGCUUCCUGUCUAGAUUCCGUUGGAGGCGGAGACUGUUUAUAAUAUCCUCCCCUAGUGAUGAAGAAUGGGCCUUUCAACAACAACUCUACACCAUUAACAGCCAAGCCUGCAACUUGGGGCUGCGUCAUAUAUCUGUACUUAAGCUUGUUGGAAGAACCCUGGAUGACAUAAGUGGAGUCCUGGAGCUCUACCCUAUAAAUGGAAGUGCAUCAGUGGACCACGAGGAGCUGUCGGCCAGCCUGGUGCAGGACAUCAGAAAUUACCUCCAGAUCAGUCAAGACUAUUUCUCCAUGCUACUUGUUGGGAAAGAUGGCAACGUGAAAUCCUGGUACCCCUCCCCUGUGUGGUCUAUGUCAAUCAUUUACGAUCUGAUUGACUCCAUGCAGCUUCGCAGGCAGGAGAUGGCCAUCCAGCUGUCUCUCGGCAUGUCUUGCCCUGACAAUGACUAUGGUCACCAUGAUGGUUACCAUGAGGGCUAUCAUCGGGAAUACGGUUAUUAAGAAAAACGGGAAGCGUGUAUUUGAGACUAUGCAAUCUUUGCAGAACAAACUUUGUUUAUUUUACUCAACUGUCCUGUGAACACCUCUCACUUCUACUAUUUUGUUAUAGUUGGUAUUUACAUUUGUUCUGAUUAUUAUAAAGUGGAUUAUUUUGAAUGGCUGACAUUGACAUUAAUUAAGUUACUUGAAUGUAGUUGCAUGUUGCUAUGGAAUUUUUUUUGUUAAACAUUUAUUGGUUGUUAUAUGAUCAUAAAGAAAUGUUUUGGUAUGAUAAUAAAGAAUAGUUUCAAGGAAGCACAAAUUUACUAUUCAUUUUUGUAGAUGUACAAACUGGUUAACCUGUACUGCCACCU